UUAAUUUAUCUUGAACAGGCAUCGGAUAUUAUUAUCAUAUUUUAUAUCAAAACAGAUUUUUUUUUUAAAUUAAAAUAAUAUGGAUGAAUGUAAAAAUUUGCAUCGUGAUCUUUUCUGUGUGUUGUUUCCCGGCAUUGUUAAAAAUGACGAAAAGGCGAUUGAUUGUUUGGGAGGUUUGAAGACAAUGUCACAGUGCUAUUCACAAGCCAAUAAAAAAAGACUCUCAAUGACUUUCCAACCUGAUAAUCCAUUCAUGAGGAAAAUGUAUGCCGAUUCAAAGCCCACUGCUGGUGUUCUGUUGAAGUUAAAGGUAAAGAAAACUAGAACUGGCAAUGACAUAAAAAGAGAAGUUGUAUCAACAUCAAUAGUUGGUUCUGUGAAGAAAAUCAAUAAAUUUGAGUCUAUGUGUGACUAUCAAUAUCUGCCAGUGUCAACACCUGUAUCAAAAUCAAAUACACCACAGUGUUUUUUGGAAGAGAUACUACCAACUGGAGAAGACCAAUUGAAAUUUAUGGUAGAGCCAGCACCAAUGUUUAUCAUCCCUUCAAAUUUUACACGAUCAGACAAACCAAUCAACUAUUUCUAUACAGAGAAGAGGUAUCAAACAAAAGACACAGCUAACGAUGAAUCUAUGAGCGCAGAUGAUGAAGUUCAUAAAUGUAGAAGUGAUCGUGCUUUGCCAAUCCCGCGAUAUAUAUUUAAUAUGUCAGAAGAUUUGCCAUUGGAACCCAAUGAAUAUUAUCUAAAGAAAAAAGAUUCUCGACAGUCAUUGUAUCCACCCCUGCAAGGGGAAUUUGAAGUUGUUAAAAAGCUUUUCGAUGACAGACCUAUAUGGUCGCUGAACUUGAUAAAAUAUCAAACCAAAAUAAAAAUUAACUCACUUAAAGUGAUAGUGCCGUGUUUGGCAAUUUACAUGAAGGAGGGGCCCUGGAGAAUGAUGUGGGUAAGGUACGGCUAUGAUCCUAGAAAAGAACCUGGAGCACGGAUAUACCAGACGUUAGACUUUAGAAUGAGGCAUGCAGCUGGAGUUCAUUCGAUGGUGAUGACUCGUGAUCAAGUUGUUCACUGCAAGAAAACUGAUCGCGUGAAGAAUUUUAAAAAGCACGCAACAGAUGCAUAUACUUUGGAUGACAUUGUAUACGAAGGUGCGGUUUACUUCCGCCCAGGGAUGGUUCCAUCCCAGCGGCAGGUCUAUUAUCAGUACUGCGACGUGGAGCUGCCGGAGGUACAACAGCUGCUGGCGUUGGAACCUCCGCAAGGGUACUUGUGCCAUGCGAGACGCGGCUGGCUGCCCCCCGAUGCCGACCAGUUGUGCCGGGACCACGUGUUCCGCAGCGUCAAGCAGACAUUGCUCGAUACACACAAGGCGGACCUGAAAUUUGAGUUCCAGGACAGCAGCUCAGCGGAAUCAGAAUCUGAAGAAGAGGAAGCGGGUGGUGCGAGUACGUCCAUGAACGAAGCAGACGAAUCACUUAAUAUAAACGAGUGAAAACUUUA